GGCGUACCAUGUCCCAGUCGAGAACGUCCGGAUCAAAAAAUGUCUCGAUAAUUUCGUUCUUCAGGCCGGCACCCAAGACGGAAAUUAAGGAGGAACUCGAGACGUCAAUGCUAGAUUGUGAAAAUGAAGAAAAUAAUAUACAAAGACGUGAAACGGUUUUAGAACCCUUCAAACCAGUAGAAUCCUCACUCGAUAGAAGUUCACUAGAUGAUGAUUUAUUAGACUUUCAUUUCGAUAAAAUGGACAGCAUAAUUUCGGAUUCAAAUCUCUCCAACACACACUAUGAGGAGUCGACAAUGUCAAUUGGUGAACUUGAAGAGGAUGAUUUACCACUUAUUAGAAAACGAACCUUACUGUUUGAUGAUUCUAAUUUACUCACUGGGUCUCAAAACCUGUCUCAUAUAAUGAAGAAGACCACUGGUAACAAUAGUACUACAGUUGAUAGUCUUGAUUCAGUUAAUUCUAAUACCACAAUUAAUGAUAAUACGAGUGCCACAGCUAGUACCAGUGACACAAUGGGUAAUAACAGUGUGGAAAAUGUACGAAAUGUGAAGGGAGAAUUAAUGGAUGAUGAAAGACUAAUAGAUCGGUUAUUAUAUGCAUAUGAAUUUGAUGAUAAGAGGCCAAUAGAUAUCGAUAAUGUAACAGUGGGUAGAGAAGAUAAGAGAGAUAAGGAAGAUACAAUGGAUUUUCAUGAGAGGGAAUUAUAUUUGAGUUGUAAAGCAAGUGAGAGUUCUCUGGGAUUUAGGUCAUACGUUGAGAAUUAUUACAAGUAUAAGGGGACUUUUUCAUUCCCGCCAUGGCUAGAGCCGAAGAACCUGAGGGAUAGUGAGGGAAGGAAACCUUUGGGUGAUGGGUAUGAUAGCAGUACCCUGUGGAUCCCGCCGAAAGGACACAGGUGGGCUCACGAAUUUAGGAGUGGUCACUACACUGAAUGCAUGCAACAGUGGUGGGACGUGAAGCGGACUCACUUUGACUCUUUGGUUUUCUUCAAAAUGGGUAAGUUUUACGAGCUCUUUUAUCAGGAUGCCUGUAUAUUACAGGGGCUCACAGGCCUGCGAUGGAUGGGAGCUGAAACCAAGCCUCACGUAGGUUUCCCAGAGAAAAGCAUUCACUCCUACGCCUCAGCCUGUGUGAACGCAGGCUACAGAGUCGUAGUUGUAGAGCAAACUGAAACGCCACAACAACUGGAUAAGCGUAAUAAGGCCUCAGGAACUACAGCUAGAGCUGUUAAAAGAGACGUCUGUGAUAUUAUUACACCAGGAACUGUUGCAGCGCCUGAAAUGCUCACAUCACAGUCACGGCCACUGCUCAUAAUGUCAGGUACAAAAUCAGAAACCCAACCCCAGCCCGCACCAUCGGAAUCCGAAGAAACAAAAUCAGAAACUCCUUCCGCAGUAGAAAUAGUGUGUUUGGACGUUUCAAUGAGUAAAAUCCGGUUUGGAACCGUUAAAUACACAGAUGAUUUGCUACAGGUGAAGACAGUGUUGAUCCACUUCUGCCCGGCUGAAGUAGUACUGGAUUCUGUAUUAUACGAUAACAAGGAGUUAGUAAAGGCUAUUAAGGCUUUACCCUACUCAGCAGAUGUCACUUUACAUGUUCCACAAAAUAAGUCCAAGAACCUCUUGAACAAAGUUAAGGACAAAUGGGAGUCUGAGGCUUCUGAGUGUUCCACAUCUCUAACAUUAACUGAAUCGUACCUAAGCCUUGUGCUUCUGAACAAACUUGUAGAUUAUUGCUAUUUCGAACCAUUUAAUUUUUCUCAGCUGGAAGUCAUGGGCAUGGACUACUCAGCACUGGUGCACCUGGAACUCUUUGUCACCCAGGAAGGUACUGAGAAGAACUCUCUAUUCCAUUACUUAAACCAUACUAAAACAGCGUUUGGAGAGAGGUUGCUCAGAUAUUGGCUCCUGAACCCUCUGACAGACGUUGAUGCCAUCAACCUCAGAAGCGAGGCUGUGGAGUUUCUGGUCCAUAAUUACCCACUAGUAACAACACUAAACCAGGAACUGGAAAGAUUUCCGGACCUCGAACGUUCAUUAGGUAAGAUACUAAACACAGCCUCAAACUACCAUAAAAGGGCUGUAUACUUUGACAGAGGAGUUUACACUAAGCUGUAUGAUUUGUAUAGUCUUUUUGACAAGUUCCAGAAACUAGAAGACAUCGUCGUCAACUUCCUCAACGAAUCAAUUAAUCUGUUUGGAAACUAUAAAAGUGAGUUGGUGAAAAAGGUUGAAGAGGAGUUUUUACGCUGCUCAGAUGACGUCAUCCUGUUCAAAAGCAUGCUAAAGCUCACUGGGGAAAAGACGUGCUCUAGCGUUGAGUGGCCAAAAUCAAGGGCUUUGACAGCUGAAAUCGAGUCUGUUAAGGCCAAACUCGACAGAGUGCUAGAGAAUAUCAGACAAAUCUCACCCUCAGCAUGCUUCGUACAUUGCAAAUUCAGAUACGAGGUUGAAAUGACAGAGUCCGAAUUCCAACGAUACCAGAGAAAAUCAAGCUUACAACACACCGCCUCAGGCUCCACUACGCCUGUCGCCGAUAAUACACCUAUGGUUAAGAAAUUGGAUAAUGUGUCGGGAAAUGCGGUUGGGGGAGGAGUGAGUAGCAUGGAGAUAACGAGUACACGGAGUGGUUUUGUUCGCGGUAGAAAUGUGAAGAUAGUGCAGAUACUGGAGGAGUUGGAAGAGUUUGAGUUUAAGCUUAAGGAGAGCGAGGAAGAGUUUUACCAGGAGAUUGUGAGCAAGUUUCACUCCAAUAGCUAUAAGUUUUGUAAACUAAUUGAAAUCGCAGCUCAGUUCGACUGCCUGACCUCGCUGGCAACUGUUGCCAAGAACUCGCCCUUCCCAAUGUGCCGUCCAAAACUCCAUCCCAAAUCCCAAAAUAUUCUCAGGGUCAAAGACUCAGUUUAUCCCAUCUUCAGCAUCAGUGGUAACAAGUUCGUGCCCAACAGUGUUAACAUUGGCGAGGGUUUCGACGGUCCAAUUCUCAUCAUCACAGGCCCUAACAUGGGUGGAAAAUCAACCUUGUUAAGACAAAUUGCACUGACUGUCAUCAUGGGUCAAAUUGGAUCAUUUGUUUCAUGUGUUGAGUCUGAGUUUAGUGUUGUGGAUUCGAUAUUCACCAGACUUGGAGCUUCAGAUAAUAUUUUACAAGGGAAAAGUACUUUCCUAGUUGAAUUGCAGGAUAUCUCAUCAAUACUUUCAAAAGCCACGAGUAGUUCAUUGGCUCUGAUUGAUGAGUUGGGUAGGGGAACUUCAACUUUUGAUGGUACAGCCAUUGCUGUGGCUACUCUAGAAAAGAUAUCCAAAAUCGGUUGCAGAUGUGUGUUUACAACGCACUUCCAAGAUGUGUGUAUGUUUGCAGAGAGUCUUAGUAACGUGUCAAUGUUCCACAUGGCGGCUAAGGUGGAUGAGGAAACAAGGAGUGUCGAGUUUCUGUACAAACUUGUGCCAGGAGUUUGUCCAGACUCUCAUGGAAUGCACGUGGCCAAACUCGCCAGAGUACCAGAACACAUCAUACAAAACGCCAUGGAGGCCAGGAUGAGGCUGUAUAACAGCGAGGUCUUCGGUGAAGGGGAGAGCGCGAGUAACAAGUUAUUGGAAAUAUUAACAGAAGAAAUACUAGAGGCUCAUUAUAACAAUGAUAACGAUAAACUGAAGGAAAUUUAUAACAAAUACUCACACUUAAAAUUUGAUUAAUCUAAUUUUAAC